GUGCAGAUCCAGACCAAGAAGAUUGACCUGAGUCAUGUGACCUCCAAGUGUGGAUCACUGGACAACAUUCACCACCGGCCAGGUAAACAACCUGCUCUACCUGUGUACCGGUAUUAUACAUGUGUUUCUGUUGAUUAUUUAUGUGAUGUGUAUUAUUAUGUGAUGUGUAUUAUUUAUGUGUAUUAUGUGUUAUGUAUUUUCUAUGGGAGCAGUAGCAUUUGUAUGUCCAAGGCAUAUUUCUCCUUCUUGGACAAUAAAGUUGGACAAGAUGUUGAUCUUAUCUUAUCUGCCUGGGUCACCCCUCACUGACAGUUGAGAGAUAUGGGAGCCUACAGUGAAUCCACAACGCACUAGAACCAUGUUGGGCUUGUAUAGGAAUUUCACUUUUACCUUACUGUAGAUAAAGGAAAGAGUGAGAGAGCAUUAUAGGAUGCAUCUCAAAUGGCACCCUAAUACCUAUAUAAUGCACUACUUUUGACCAGAGACAUAUGGGUAUGGGCUCUAGUCAAAAUUAGUGCACUAUAGGGAAAAAGGUGGUGACUGACUGCUGCGUCAGAGUCCUGCAUCGCCAUCUGGUGGUCAUACUGAUGAUCAGCUUCUGUUCAAUAUAAUACAUUCACACUGCUACAUUCAAUUCAAAGGGCUUUAUUGGCAUGGGAAACAUAUGUUUACAUUGCCAAAGCAAGUGAAAUAGAAUAUAAACAAAAGUUAAAUAAACAAUCAAAAAUUAACCGUAAACAUUACACUCACAAAAGUUUAAAAGGAAUAGAGACAUUCCAAAUGUCAUAUUAUGGCUAUGUACAGUGUUAUAACGAUGUGGAAAUAGUUAAAGUUCAAAAGGGAAAAUAAAUCAACAUAAAUAUGGGUUGUAUGUACAAUUGUGUUUGUUCUUCACUGGUUACCCUUUUCUUGUGGCAACAGGUCACAAAUCUUGCUGCUGUGAUGGCACACUGUGGUAUUUCACCCAAUAGAUAUGGAUUCGUUUUUGAAUUCUUUGUGGGUCUGUGUAAUCUGAGGGAAAUAUGUAUUUCUAAUUUGGUCAUACAUUUGGCUAGAGGUUAGGAAGUGUAGCUCAGUCUCCACCUCAUUUUGUGGGCAGUGUGCACAUAGCCUGUCUUCUCUCAAUAGCAAGGCGAUGCUCACUGAGUCUGUACAUAGUCAAAGCAUUCCUUAAUUUUGGGUCAGUCACAGUGGUCAGGUAUUCUGCCACUGUGUACUCUCUGUUUAGGGCCAAAUAGCAUUUUGGUUUGCUCUGUUUUUUGGUAAAUUCUUUCCAAUGUGUCAAGUAAUUAUCUUUUUGUUUUCUCAUGAUUUGGUUGGGUCUAAUUGUGUUGCUGUUGCUGUCCUGGGGGUCUGUUUGUCUUUGUGAACAGGACCAGCUUGCAUAGCGGACUCUUCUCUAGGUUAAUCUUUCUGUAGGUGAUGGCUUUGUUAUGGAAGGUUUGGGAAUCCCUUCCUUUUAAUGCAUGCAUUAUUUGGUGUUUUACGUUGCACACGGAGGAUGGUUUUGCAGAAUUCUGCAUUCCAUUUUUUGAAUUCUUGGUUGGUGAGCGAACCCCAGACCUCACAACCAUAAAGGGCAAUGAGUUCUUUAACUGAUUCAAGUAUUUUUAGCCAGAUCCUAAUUGGGAUGUCAAAUUUUAUGUUCCUUUUGAUGGCGUAGAUGGCCCUUCUUACCUUGUCUCUCAGAUCGUUCGCAGCUUUGUGGAAGUUACCUGUGGCGCUGAUGUUUAGGCCGAGGUAGGUAUAGUUUUUUGUGUGCUCUAGGGCAACGGUGUCUAGAUUAAAUUUGUAUUUGUGGUCCAACUGGACCUUUUUUGGAACACCAUUAUUUUUGUCUUACUGAGAUUUACUGUCAGGGCCCAGGUCUGACAGAAUCUGUGUAGAAGAUCUAGGUGCUGCUGUAGGCCCUCCUUGGUUGUGGACGGAAGCAUCAGAUCAUCAGCAAACAGUAGACAUUUGACUUCAGAUUAUAGUAGGGUGAGGCCGGGUGCUGCAGACUGUUCUAGUGCCCUCGCAGAUUCGUUGAUAUAUAUGUUGAAGAGGGCUCAAGCUGCAUCCCUGUCUCACCCCACGGCCUUGUGGAAAUAAAUGUUUUUUUUUUGCCAAUUUGCCAACUGUUUGUUUAGUGUGUUCCAAUUUUCCCAGAAGUGGUCAGAUUCUAUGCAUUCUUCAAUUACAUUGAGCUGAUUUAUGACGUGCUGUUCCUUCUUUUUCCGUAGUGUAUCUCUGUAUUGUUUUAGUGAUUCACCAUAGUGAAGGCGUAGGCUUAGGUUUUCUGGGUCUCUAUGUUUUUGGUUGGAUAGGUUUCUCAAUUUCUUUUGUAGGCUUUUGCAUUCUUAAUCAAACCAUUUAUCUUUUCUUUCUUUUUUUAAAUAGGUUGUCUGCUUGAAAUGUUUGGAUUUGAUAGGGAAGCUGAAAGGUCAAAUAUACUGUUUAGGCUUUCUACUGCCAAGUUUACACCUUCACUAUUACAGUGAAAUGUUUUGUCCAGGACGUUGUCUAAAAGGGAUUGAAUUUGUUGUUGCCUAAUUGUUUUUUGGUUGGUUUCUACACUACUUUCCUUCCAUCUAUAGCAUUUCUGAAAUUGUGCAGUUCCUUUGGCUUUGAUGCCUCAUGAUUGAGUAUUGCUCUGUUCAAGUAGACUGUGAUUUUGCUGUGAUCUGAUAGGGGUGUCAGUGGGCUGGCUGUGAAUGCUCUGAGAGACUCUGGGUUGAGGUCAGUGAUAAAGUAAUCCACAGUACUACUGCCAAGGGAUGAGCUGUAAGUGUAUCUACUAUAGGAGUCUCCUCGAAGCCUACCACUGACUACAGUAUGGACAGAUCCAGUGUGCGACAGAGCUGCAGAAGUGACACGUUUUUGUUGGUUGUUUUGUCAUAGUUGUGUCUCAGGGGGCAUAUUUGGGAGGGAAUACUGUCACCUCCAGGUAGGUGUUUGUCGCCCUGUGUGCAGAGAGUGUCAGGUUCAUGUCCAGUGUCUCCACAGACUAGUACAUGUGCCUAGGCCUGGAAAUGGUUGAUCUCCCACUCUAGGAUGGAGAAGCUGUCAUCGUUAAAGUAUGGGGAUUCUAUUGGGGGGAUAUAGGUAGAACACAUGAGGAAAUGUUUCUCUGUUGCGAUCAUUUCCUCAUUAAUUUCUAGCCAGAUGUUCCUGUUUUGAUUAAUUUAAUAGAGUGAGUUAGGUCUGUUCUAUACCAAAAUUAGCAUACCCCCUGAGUCUCUUCCCUGUUUUACACCUGGUAGUUUGAUGGAUGGGACUACCAGCUCUCUGUAACCUAGAGGGCAACAAAUGGGUCCAUCUCCUCUAUACAAUGUUUCUUGUAGGAUGACAAUGUCUGUAUUUCCCUGUGUCCUAGUUAACCCAUAGAGGUAAUGAUCGAUUUCCGAAGCACCUUUUCAAUUACAUUAUCAAGUGAUAUAUCUGCAGGGUAUGGACCCCAGGAAGACUAACUGUAAUCAUGGCAACAGCUAAUGGGGAUCCAGAUAAGGAAUAAGGGUCUCGUCUGUCUUUUCAUCGGAUUGACGAAUGAUUGAUGAUAAAGUAUAAUAAUUUAUUGGAACAUCUUGAUGUGUAUUCUUUAAUGAAUUAGGAGAUAGAACUGGGUUAAUCACGAACAUUGAGUUAGAAUUGUUUGUUACUGGGCUAGGAAUUUCAUUGGGGCAUUUCACUGUGUGUGUGGGGGAGUAGAGAGGAAAUCUGCCCUAGGGUCAAAUUGCUUGCUCUUACUUAAAUCCAUGGCUGUCUUAUCUGAUGAGAGACUGAAACUAGCUUGUGGCCUUUUGUCUAUCUCUUCAAACACAGUGAAGGGAGCGGCACCAGGGUUGAAUGGAGUUUGGGCUAGACCUUUGUCUCAUUGGUAUCUUCUUGAUUGAUUACAGCAUGAUGGGGUGAGGUUUGUGUAUGUUUCAAGAAUUUAGGGCCUUGUCAUGUUUAAACUAAACAUGAGUGUGUGUGUAAGACAGGGGAGCGAGUGAUUGGUUGGAGUAAUAGUUCAGCCAUCCUCAGGGACAAAGGAAGUGGGCGUGGAGUGAUAAAGAGCUGGAAACUGAAGAGGGAGGGAUUUAGAGCUAGAAGAGUUGGGGAUGAUGGUAUAUAAUGUGACGUGAGGGAGGGAGAACGGGGUGCCACUCUGCAGACUGGUAUCGGCUUUGUUGAAAACUUUAAUAAAGUCAUUUCUUGAUGCAACAAAAACUCUGUAAGACCUUAUUUGUAAUAAAGUAUAGUGGUUAUUUUCCACAACAAUCUCUCUCUUUCUCUCUCUUACCCUUCCUUGUCUUCUUGGCUCUCUCUUUUUCUCCCCCUCCCCCUCACUCUCUCCCUCUGCUCCACUAGGAGGAGGUAACGUGCGCAUAGAGAGUGUGAAGCUGGACUUCAAAGACAAGGCCCAGCCCAAGGUGGGUUCCCUGGAUAAUGCACACCACACCCCUGGUGGAGGCCUCAUUAUGGUAAGUCCCAUCAUACUGUAACCUCAUCACAACAAGGAUUGGUUGAGUCCCAAAUGGCACCCUAUUCCUUUAUAGGGCCCUAUGUGCUCUGGUCAAAAGUAGUGCUCGAUAAAGCCAAUAUUGUCCCAUUUGGGACGCACCCCUGAUCAGUUGGACAUCAGUCUCAGACAGACUCCUCCAAGGUUAGCACCACUCAAACCAUCCAUAUGACGUCUGUGUGUGUGUAUCCCUCACCUGUGUGUGCGUGUUUGUGUGCGUGUGUGUGUGUGUGUGCGUUUCCCCAACCUGUGUGUGUGUGCGCGUAUCCCCAACCUUUGUGUGUGUAUCCCCAACCUGUGUGUGUGUGUGUGUGUGUGUGUGUGUGUGUGCGUGCGUGUAUGUAUCCUUCACCUGUGUGCGUGUGUACCUCCUGCCUAUCUCAUUUACCCUAUCUCCCUGUAGAUCGAGAGCCACAAGCUGUUGUUCCGUGACACGGCCAAGGCCCGGGUGGACCAUGGGGCAGAGAUCAUCGUGACCCAGUCUCCGGGAACGAGCAUGUCAGGGACGGUGUCCCCCCACCGCCACAGCCACCUGUCGUCCUCCGACAGCAUCAAUUUGCUGGAGUCUCCACAGCUAGCCACUUUGGCUGACAAUGUCACCGCUGCCCUGGCCAAGCAG